AUGGAAGACGUACCCAAGACCGAUCGGAAGUCAAAGUUUGACGUUGAGUACGAGCAGCUGUUCGCUCGCGGACAUUCGCGCGACCCCAGCGGACGAUACAUCGUCCCACUUCCGCUCAAGGCGGGCGGAACCUCACUUCUGGGCGAGAGCUUGACUCAAGCUCGCAUCGCAUUGUCCACGAUGCAUCGCCGCAUGAAGCGCGACCCAAAGCUGGGAGCGGAGUACGUCAGGUUCGUGGAGGACUACAUCCGGUUGGGUCACAUGCGACGGCUCACCCCCUCCGAGGUCGAGGACCUGACGGUGGCCGUCUGCUACAUCUGUCAUCACGGCAUCUGGCAGAAGGGCGACACCGAGGACAAACUCCGCGUCGUAUUCAACGCGUCACGGCCAACUAGCAGCGGGUACAGCCUCAACGACGUCAUGCACGCGGGGCCCAAGCUACAAAACGACCUCGCUGUCGUCGUGACUCGCUGGAGAACCCACCGGAUCGUUUUCUGCGUGGACGUCAAGAUGAUGUUCCGCCAGAUCCAAGUCCAGCAAGAGCACGUGCAUUUGCAGCGAAUCCUCUGGAGCCCCAACCCCGAGACUCCUGCUAGAAGCCGUCGACGCCGUCGAAAGAGAACUCUAUGUGGACGACUUCCUCAGCGGAGCUGA